AUUUUUUUUUUUCUCGUUGGAAUUCAUCAAAAGAAUUAUUUGUGCCUAGAUAAUACUGGGGAAAAACGGAGAUACAGAGUGUUCUUUGAAAUUGUUAUGAGAUAAUUUGUUAUAUCUUCGACCAAUUUUUUUUGUAGAAUUCUUCUUUUUUUCUAGUAUAAAAACCUGUAAUAAUGAUUCCAGAGAAUAACGAAACCUAUUUGGGAGUCGAUUUGAGCACGCAAAAGCUUAAAGCCGUUAUAGUCGAUUCGAAUUUGCAAGUGCUCGUACAGGCUGAAGUGAAAUUUGAUUCUGACUUGCCCGAAUUUCGAACGCUUGGCGGGGUGAAUGCAGGACAAAAUAAAAAUGAAUUCCAUGUGCGGCCAGUAAUGUGGAUUAAGGCACUCGAUAUAAUAAUCGAUCGUCUGGUUGUGAAUGGAGCUGAUUUGAGUAAGGUGUCGGCUAUAUGUGGAUCAGCUCAACAGCAUGGCUCAUUGUAUUGGUCCAAGCAUGGCAUUAAAACGCUGGAAAACUUAGAUGCCGACAAGUUUUUGCACACACAGCUUGAUGAGACCGCAUUCACAUUGCACCAAACACCGAUCUGGAUGGACGGCAGCACGGAGAAGCAAUGCAUUGAAAUGGAAGAAGCGAUUGGUGGUCGCGAUCAAAUGGUCCAAUUCACCGGUUCAAAAUGCUAUCCACGUUUCACUGGGCCACAAAUUCGUAAAGUCUAUCAAACGAUGUCCGAUUGCUACGAAAAUACCGAACGUAUUUCGCUGGUCAGCAGUUUUUUGGCAUCUGUGUUCACCAAUAAAAUAGCGCCCAUCGAUUAUACUGACGGCUCAGGGAUGAAUCUGUUGGAUAUAAAUACGAAACAAUGGUCGCAACCAUGCUUGAAUGCAUGUGCACCAGAUUUGGAGGAGAAACUUGGCCAGCCAGUUCCAAGCAAUAGUGUAAUCGGCCAAAUUGGCACAUUCUUUGUGCAACGAUAUUCAUUUGAUCAGCAUUGCAAAGUUAUCGCUUUUACCGGUGACAACGCGUCUGCUAUAUCAGGCAUGCUUAUCACACAAAAUUGGCUCGCAAUGUCAUUGGGUACAAGUGAUACCAUUAUGAUGACAUUAGAAGAGCCCGCCCAACUUGAAGAAGGUCAUGUGUUCGUUCAUCCAACUGAGCCGGGAUUCAUGGGAAUGCUAUGCUUCCGAAAUGGAUCGCUUGUUCGGGAUAUCUUCAAGCGUUCUGAAGCAAACAACGACUGGAAUAACUUCAGUGAACUGUUAGAAUCGACACCAAGAGGCAAUUAUGGUAAUAUGGCUCUGCAUUUUGUGCAGAAAGAAAUCAUUCCGAAUGUGAAGGGCAGUCUUCGUUGGAACAAAAACAGCGACUUGCACAUGCCAGAAUCAGCGAAGGGGGUUGUGAAGUUUUCAUCACCACAAACAGAGAUUCGAGCUCUGAUUGAGGGUCAAAUGUUGCAUCACAAAGCGGUCGCAACGCAAAUGGGAUUUUCAUUCGGCGAAGAUACCCGGAUCCUUGCUACUGGCGGUGCAUCAGCAAAUAAAUCCAUUCUUCAAGUCGUUUCAGAUGUGUUUAACGCACCGCUUUACAUUCAAAAGACAACAGAAGCUGCCUUAUUGGGUGCUGCUUAUCGCGCCAAAUAUGCCUUAUACUUAUCACGUUUGCCCAAAGGACAAACGGAACACGAGACUUAUUUCGAUUAUGUAAGCAAAUUUUUGCCACAUCACAUGCAACGAGUGUGUGAACAGAGCUCUGACUCCGAAAGCAUUUACAAUAAAAUGCUAGAGCGUUACUCUGACAUGGUAUCCGUUCUGAAAAGAACCGACGACGCUUAACAUUCAAACUACUUUCCAAAAAUGGGAAGUUUCCAUUGCAAUACAUUUGUGAAAAAAGAAUCAAAUUUCAAGCAUUCCAUAUUGUAGCCAAAAAUUGUAAAUAAUUAUAUACACCAUUCUUUAAAUUAAAAUUGUACGACGAAAAUGAAAGAAACAUUUCUAUUUUUUUUAUUUAUGUUUCGGAUAAUGCACAAAUAAAGUUAAAAAAAACGAUUGUUAUAAAAAUAAA